CCUACUACGACCCCAUCGGAGCUAAAACCUCUCUCCCUCUUCUUCUCCGAUUUGCUUAGCUCGGCUCUACGACUCGCUUGGUCAGCCAUGGCGUUUCCGUACAUGGAAACCGUCGUCGGGUUUAUGAUAAUGAUGUACAUAUUAGAAAUGUAUUUGGAUUUGCGCCAACAUUCUGCUCUCAAGCUGCCAACUCUCCCAAAAACGUUAAUUGGAGUAAUCAGCCAAGAGAAGUUUGAGAAAUCUCGGGCAUACAGUCUUGAAAAAAGCUAUUUUCACUUUGUUUAUGAGUUUGUGACUAUACUUAUGGACUCUGCGAUUUUGUUCUUUGGAAUAUUGCCUUGGUUUUGGAAGAUAUCAGGAGAUUUUCUACCUUUGGUGGGGCUCGAUCCAGAGAAUGAAAUACUGCACACUCUUUCAUUUUUGGCGGGUGUUAUGAUAUGGUCACAGAUUACUGAUUUGCCAUUUUCUUUGUAUUCGACUUUUGUGAUCGAGGCCCGACAUGGUUUCAACAAGCAAACAAUAUGGCUAUUCAUCAGGGACAUGAUCAAGGGAACACUUCUUUCUGUCGUACUAGGUCCACCUAUUGUUGCUGCAAUUAUUGUCAUAGUACAGAAAGGGGGUCCUUACUUAGCUAUCUAUCUAUGGGCUUUCAUGUUUGUCCUGUCUCUUGUGAUGAUGACUAUAUAUCCUAUCCUGAUAGCUCCGCUUUUCAAUAAAUUCACUCCUCUUCCAGAAGGAGGCCUCCGAGAGAAAAUCGAGAAACUUGCUGCUUCUCUGAAAUUUCCUCUGAAGAAGUUGUUUGUUGUCGACGGGUCUACGAGAUCAAGCCAUAGCAAUGCCUACAUGUAUGGUUUCUUCAAGAACAAGAGGAUUGUUCUCUAUGAUACUUUAGUUCAGCAGUGCAAAAAUGAUAACGAAAUUGUGGCUGUUAUCGCACAUGAACUAGGGCACUGGAAGCUUAAUCAUACGAUGUACUCAUUCGUUGCAGUGCAAGUACUUGCUUUCUUGCAAUUUGGAGGGUACACUCUCGUGAGGAAUUCCACUGACCUCUUCAGGAGUUUUGGAUUUGACACACAACCCGUUCUCAUUGGUCUUAUUAUAUUUCAGCACACUGUCAUACCAGUUCAACGCCUAGUAAGCUUUUGCUUAAAUCUCGUGAGCCGAUCAUUUGAGUUUCAGGCUGAUGCCUUUGCUGUGAAGCUUGAUUAUGCCAAAGAUCUCCGUGCUGCUCUAGUGAAGCUACAGGAAGAGAACUUAUCGGCGAUGAACACGGAUCCAUGGUACUCAGCUUACCACUACUCACACCCUCCUCUUGUGGAAAGACUGGCUGCCAUUGAUGGGCUUGACCCAAAGACGGACUAAGGUGUUUCAUCCCUUUUAUACUUACUACAAGUACGCAUAUCAAUCAUCAUGUUAUCUGAUGAUGCAUGCAUACCUAUAUUCAGUUUAGAUCUCUGACCUAACCCACGUUCUACAUCCGAUUUGAUCGGCUUGUUGCCACGAGACCAUGCUGUCGGAGAAGUGUAAUGUGUUAUGACAAAAAAAAAAUGUGGUCUCAAUGCCAUUUUGGACUAUGUAGCUAGUCUGAUCAUGUUGAAAAUUCUCAUUCUUUCUGUUAUUCAUGCACUAACAGAUAUUUGGUCUGAUAGUAUAUGGUCGUGAUGGGAUUAGGAA